AUGUUGCUGUCUCCCCUAAGAAACCUCCACAUGUUAGUGUCGAGAUUGCUCCAUGAUUGGCCUGUUCAAGACAGUAAGUCGCAGCACAGGUCGACUCCUAAGGCUCCAGCCUCAUUUGCCAAAGGAUACUCUGGCAUGUGCAGCAUGGCACAAAAUUUGCGAAUCAUAGUUGGGGUUGGAGCAACCGCUGGCUUCGAGCCUUUGAAAUCCAUGAUCUUCUUACCUAUAUCUGCAAUAGGGGGGAAGAAAUUUUACACUACUGUUGAUACUUUGACUCAACGAGAGCCUUAUUCAAUGCUUGCUACAAUGUUCAGUGGUUGGCAUACUGUGUGUCAGGAUCCUGAAAUGGGAUUUGUAUUUGUUGAUAGGGAUGGAAAACAUUUCCGACACAUACUUAAUUGGUUAAGGGAUGGUGUUGUUCCUACAUUAAAAGACUCUCAAUUUGCCGAGCUUUUGAGGGAGGCAGAAUACUACCAGCUACCGGGACUUAUGGAGGAAAUCAAUGCUAUCUUAAGUAGAAAGGAGGAUGAAGAAGAUUUAACUAAUGAACUAACACGAAUUGAUAUCAUCAAAUGUAUACAGUCGGAAAAAGUUAGAUUUCGAGGUGUUAAACUUUCUGGCCUUGAUCUUUCAAAACUGGAUUUGUCUUAUGUGGACUUCAGCCAUGCUUGUCUUAGAGAUGUAUUCUUCUCACGUGCAAACCUACAGUGUGCCAAGUUCCGGGUAGGUAUUGCUUUAAAGUAAUGCAUCUAUUUACGAUAUAAUAGUUUUUGAAACAUUAAUAAUAUUACAUUAUUGUUGUGUACUAAUUCAGUACACAAGAUAUUGCUGGAAAUGAAUUAGAAGUUUUUUUAGGAUGUUGAAGCUACCAGGGAAACUCUUUGGGUUAAGUUUGAAUUUUGGGUAGCAAAAUUGGUGUAUAAUGUUAAAAGUUUAAGGUAGUAUUGUUCUCUGGUUUU